AUGCAAAUCGUAGCCGCAGCAGGGGAGGGCGCACUUCCGACCCAAGUGCACCUGCUCCGCUUCGGCGACAGUGCGUUGGAGGUAUUCCCUGAAGAUGCUGUGCAUCCUGUUACUUCGAAGAGCCUUAGACACCGGUGGAAUGGAGGGGUUGGAGGGGUGGGCCCCCGUGUAGCAGCAAUUGCCGCAGUUGUUGCUGUUGCAGCAGCGUACUUAGUUCUGCACUGCGUACUGUACCUGGCGAACUCCAACAAGAGCAGAGGGGCAUUGAGAUUUCUUGCAGGAGCGGAAGCUAGGGGAGGCAUACACACGGGAGAGUCUUGCAAUGUUCUGGAGGAAGAGCCCCCUCCUGCAAGUGCAACUUCGGUUGCAACGAAACUGGCAGAGAGUGAAGGCCUUGAUGAAGAGGAAUUGUUGAGGCAGGCUCGAAAGUACGUCAUCGACCUCACACAGUUUGUUGAAGAAAGCGAGAAUGUGAUUUUGCAGCUGGACACCCCACUAAGAUCCAGGUGCAUAGCAGCGUUUUUGUGUGUGGCUGUGGUGGAGUUGUCUGCCUUGUACUCGCUAUUGGAAGAACCAAAGAGGGAGGAUAUGCUCCAACAAACAGUCAAGAUUAGAAGUCGAAUACAAGAUGUCCGCGACACUCUAAACACUAGUGAAAUUUCCUCUUCUCGACAGCGGCAUCACGCAUGCCUCGACAAACUACUCAGCAGGCUCAAUGAAGUGCCACCCCCAUCCGCCGAUCUCACACAGAGCCAGCAACUGGUAAAAAUGAAACAUCUGCUCCAGCUGCAGAAGCUAGAAUUAGAUCAGCUUUGCACCGGGCUGGCAUGGCUAAAAGAAUCCCUGGAAAGCUCAAAGAGUGCUACUAAUGUCUCCAAAGCUGCUGCAACAGGCGGUAAAGGUGCCGCUCCCAACGCUAAAGGUGUUGAGGCUGUUGCUGCACCCCGUGGCGUUUCCACUGAUUAUAUACUUGAUUCAAUUGUUACGAGCAUCGAAGUCACCGUGCACAGAAGGAGGGGACAUGUUUUUCUCGAUCAGCUUUUGGGCGGCUGGCUGCGGAAGACACAUGAAACCAUAUCUCACUAUGGCAUUAUGAGCCCCGGUGCCAUCGAUGGCAUACUGAGGAGGCCUCACAAAAGCCAUUGCGAACACAUGCGAACCAUGGAGACCACGCCACUGGCAUCCGGCGAAAAACCCUGGGAAAACGAUCUCGUCCAGAGAACCAUCGCAGCUAGGAAGACCCCAGACAAGCCUGUCAGCCAGACACCCUCUAAAGUAUGCAAAGGACUUCGUUCAGAAGGUAGGAGAAAUGCUAGUCGUGCCCCCCGAAAGCUGGCACCCCGCCACCACAAACCAAAGGCAACCGCCGGCGCUGCCAUGUCGGCACCUACUUCCUCCUCCUCCACCACGUCUGCCACUGCUGCUAUUACUACCUCCACUGCGGCUGCUGCUCCACAGCAGCCGGGAAGUCCCCGCGAAGGCUCACAAGCAGUGGCUGACCCUUGUGGAUCCUCUCCUACCUUAUCGUCCCCCACAAUGCCUGUUCCUGAUGACGCUGUUGUCGCUGUUACCACUGCUGUAUCUGAAAGGAAGGACCAGCCUUUGUCGGUUUCCAAUCGCCUCGAGACAGAAUCCCCUUCGGCUGUGUCUAAUGAACUUUCACCUGGCUGGCCGCCUACUCCUGCUAGCCUACCCCAGCACCCUGCUGCCUCCCUCCCUUCUGGCACUGCUGUUAGCUUCUCAGCUAGUGGGCGGGAACCAGCAGCCGCAUCGACCUCCACAACCCCUGCUGCCACUGACGUCGGGAUAUCUUCCGGCUCCUCCUUGUCGCCUGAAACUUCGCCGAGGCCGCUGGCCAGUUCAUUUGGUGCACCUGCUCCUACUGCUGCUUUCUCCUCUCAAGAUUUCACCUUGCCGACGCAAGGUCCUGCUGCUCCUGCACUUCUUUCUCAUUCUCAUCCUCGUCCAUCGUGGGCAGCUGUAGCUGCACGUGGUGUCUCACCUGCCUCUUCAGCCUUUCAUCCCUUGCCAGCAGCACCAGUCCUACCUGAGGCUGGAUUCGAUCGAGCCCCAGGCGCGUCAAGGCCUCGGCGUUCUGCCGACAAAUAUGUUGGUCCCUUUGGAAGUCCUGAACCUUGUGCAACUUCUAGCUAUGCUCCUUUAUCUGCCUCUCCAACAGCUGCCUGGCAAUUCCAAAUGAAAGGAUUAGGUGGAAACACUCUUCAGGAAACGGAUAUGCCAAUUACGGGAAGGACUGCUGCUGAAGCAGGACUUGAGGCACUUUCUCAACUCUUCACUGGGCCACCCAACAGGCUGCCAAAAUGGAGCAAUGCACCCUAG